AGAAUACUGAUUUGUUUGUGUGUGUGACGAGAAGGACAGCCAUCCCUUGUGUGAGUACAGGAGUCUCUUUUCGCUCCUCAAGCUGCUGCUGCUCCUUAGCCUCUUCCAGACCGCGUUUUCCUUGCAGCUUUCUUGUUGGCAUGUGAACCGAGGGGAUCCAAGCAGCAGCAGCAGCGCACGGGAGGAUGUAUCUGUGGAGAAAUACUGAGUGAGUGAGGAGUAAUGGGAGCGCAAGAGAGAGCAGCCUCCUCCAGCAGCACUAACAGCAGCAGCAGCAGGGCAGCACCGCGAUCCUCACUGUCACCUGAGACUCCUUCUUCUUUCAACCUACCAAAGCGCCGGCUGGCAAUGAUCUGCCAGGAGUAAGGCGGGAUGAUGUGCGAUUCCCAUGCAGAGAGCCGCUCUUCUCUGGCUGAUAUGUGGGCUUUAGAUCGGUAGGAGCACGGUCAGCAGCGAUAGGUUUUGCCGCAUUGUCAGUUCCCCUGCAGCCAGGAGUCGCUUCCCACAUUGACACUUGUCGUGUUGUCAGCUCCUGGAACCAACACUCCACAGCGGCUGAGGGUGAAUAUUCCUGGUAGUUGCCAUUUGUCCUCUGAAAGGCUCCUGGCACACUUGCCGGGGACGGAAGCCCUGUCACCACUCAAGGGCACUACUUACUAUUAUUAUUAUUAUUUACUUUGCCUUGCUGCAGCCAGAGGAAAACUUUGCAUGCAACCCUUCUAUAGCUUAUUAUCAGCAAGGAAAGUGUGUUUAUACUGAGGCAAUUCCUAACUAACGUAUUGAGUCAUGUCUUGCAGUGUAACCAGUGCAAUGAACUGCUGCUUCUCUACACCAUAGAAUCUCCUGUUAUUGUUUUUUCCAUUCCCAAGAGCCGCUCUGUAUAUAAGUGUAACUGUUGGCAGAUUUACUGGAUUGGGUCAUGCACAAUUUAAAUGCAUAUGCUGGAACUGUAACAAUAUAAAUUUGUGAAGGACUCUCAAUAAGAUGCUGGUUGAGUGACUCUGUCAUCUGGAUGUAAUCCAGGAGGAACCUGUUAUCACCUCUUUUUCAUGCUCUUUCCUCCAGAUUGCUGCCCAUUUUGUAAACUUUUCUUGCUUUACAUUCUAGACAUGCUGACGCAACAGCUGGUUCUAUACAAAUAUUUUAACAGACACGUUUUUUGCUCCCAGCACUUUGAUUGGCUGUACAGCAGUGGAUUCUAGAUAUGAGACCUGCUCUCUGUAUUUGAGGAUGAUGUUCUGCCCUCUCCUAGCACCUGCAGAGUUCUGAACUUUUGGUCUGAAAAAAAUAUAACACUUCUAAGCAUCUCUUACUGUAUUUACUGAGCUCUUAAGCAUUAUAGCACAGUAGCCCUUGCCAGGGAUGUUGUCUUCUUAUUUACUAACUUUCAAAGACACUGAAAGCAUUACAAGAUAUUUCUCACAUUCAAAGUAAAGGUUAAAGAACAGAGGAGUUUCAUGGCUUCUCUGAGAAGAGUCAAAAUCUUGUUGGUGUUAAACCUGAUUGCAGUAGCUGGAUUUGUUCUAUUUUUGGCCAAGUGCAGACCAAUUACUGUGAAAGGUGGGGAAUCAUUCCAUGAGGUCCAUCCCAGGGCAGAAGUGACCAACUUUACAAAUCAUGCAAGCAGCCCUAUUCAAGAAGCCGUGCUGAAAAGACUCGCUCUUCUAGAGGACAUAGUCUACAGGCAGCUAAAUGGUUUAUCCAAAUCACUUGGUCUUAUUGAAGGUUAUGGGGGCAGAGGAAAAGGUGGGGUUUCAGCUACACUCUCUCCAGAUGAAGUUGAGAAAGCCAAAGGACCACAUGAAAAGUAUGGCUACAAUGUCUACCUCAGUGACAAGAUUUCACUGGACAGGUCUAUACCAGAUUAUAGACCCACUAAGUGCAAGACACUGACCUAUCCCAAGGAGCUGCCUCAGAUUUCAAUUAUUUUCAUCUUUGUCAAUGAAGCCCUGUCUGUGAUUCUGAGAUCAGUGCACAGUGCUGUGAACCACACACCGGUCCAUCUGUUGAAGGAGAUUAUCCUUGUGGAUGACAACAGUGAUGAAGAAGAGUUAAAGGGUCCUUUGGAAGAAUAUGUUCACAAGAGAUAUCCAGGUUUAGUUAAAGUUGUCCGAAAUCAGAAAAGGGAAGGGCUGAUUCGAGCUCGGAUAGAAGGCUGGAAAGCCGCUACUGGACAAGUCACUGGUUUUUUUGAUGCUCAUGUAGAAUUCACUGCUGGCUGGGCAGAACCAGUUCUUUCUCGGAUACAAGAAAACAGGAAACGGGUUAUUUUACCUUCGAUAGAUAAUAUCAAGCAAGAUACAUUUGAAGUGCAGAGAUAUGAGAAUUCUGCCCAUGGAUACAGCUGGGAGCUUUGGUGUAUGUAUAUUAGUCCUCCUAAAGACUGGUGGGAUGCAGGAGAUCCAUCCUUACCAAUCAGAACACCUGCAAUGAUUGGAUGCUCUUUUGUGGUGGACAGGCAAUUCUUUGGGGAAAUUGGUCUUCUAGAUCCAGGAAUGGAUGUGUAUGGGGGAGAGAAUAUUGAGCUCGGUAUCAAGGUAUGGUUGUGUGGUGGAAGCAUGGAAGUUCUUCCAUGUUCCAGGGUUGCUCACAUUGAACGUAAGAGAAAACCGUACAUUAACAACCUGGAUUUCUACACCAAGAGAAAUGCAUUACGGGUAGCUGAAGUCUGGAUGGAUGAUUAUAAAUCACAUGUUUAUAUUGCGUGGAACUUACCAAUGGAGAAUCCAGGGAUUGAUAUUGGAGAUGUAUCAGAAAGGAUUGCUUUGAGAAAAAGCUUAAAAUGCAAGAAUUUCCAGUGGUACCUGGACAAUGUUUAUCCAGAAAUGCGACGCUACAAUAAUACUGUUGCAUAUGGGGAGCUCCGGAACAACAAAGCAAAAGAUGUUUGUCUAGACCAAGGCCCACCAGAAAAUCAUACAGCUAUUAUGUACCCAUGCCACGGAUGGGGUCCUCAGCUUGGAAGAUAUACGAAAGAAGGAUACUUACAACUGGGUACACUUGGGAGCACAAAUCUUUUGCCUGAUACUCGCUGCGUAGUAGACAACAAAAUAAGCAAAUUCCCCCAACUUAUGGACUGUGAUAAGAUGAAAAGCACACUCCAAAAACGCUGGAGCUUUAUACAGAAUGGAGCAAUAAUGAACAGAGGAACAGGACGAUGUUUAGAAGUUGAAAGUAGAAUCAACGGCGGCAUUGACGUAAUCCUUCGGAGUUGUACAGGUCAAAGAUGGACAAUUAAACACAUUAUCAAAUAGGCCAAAAACUGAGACUUUGCACCUUCUGUAAUUUAAAGUGAAAUGGACAUCUCUACUUCUUGAUUGGAUAAAUGGGACAGUUAAAAUAAUUUCUUCAACAUUUCACACAAGUUACUCACCUUGAAAUUAAUUUCUUACUUUAAAUCAGAGCAGCUCAAAACUUUUCCUGAAGCAUUUGAUUUACUAGAUUCCAUGGUGUUAAUUCUUGGGGCCGGCACAGUUUUAUUCAUUCUGCAUGUUUGAUGGUUAGUUAAAUGACUUCAGAUCCUUUCAGGCUGGAGUAAAUGUGUUCACCAAAUCCCUGUGGAACAAUAGCACAAGCAAAAGCAAUUUACUCUGCUCUCCUCUGCUCUUUUUGUAAAGUUUAACAUCGUAGUGAUCGCAGAACAGGGACUUGACUUUGUUUGAAAAGCAAUUUAUUAGCCGCUCAGAGAAUCUCAUAUCUUAACUGUGGAGCACUAACAGUGACACCAAAAUAAAUUGCUGUUGCCAAAAUAAUGUACAGUACAAAUAAUCUGUGCCAUCACAAACGCAAUCCUAAUGCAAUCACCUAAAAUGAUGUUCCCUGGAAUUGUUUUAAUAAUGUGCAAAGUUAUUACACACACCCCUACACACACACACACCCUACACAUACACACACCCCUACACAUACACACACACACCCCUACACAUACACACACACCCUACACAUACACACACACACACACCCCUACACACACCCCUACACAUACACACACACCGCCCCUACACAUACACACACACACACCCCUACACAUUUACACAAUCACACCCCUACACAUACACACACACCCCUACACAUACACACACACACACACCCCUAUACAUUUACACAAACACACCCCUACACAUAUACACACACACACACCCCUUCACAUACACACACACCCCUACACACAUACACACACAAACAUACACACACAGGCUAUGGAUGACUACAGUGCCAUAAAGCAUUUUGGUUUGUGGAACAUUUUUCAUAAUCUGUCUUUUGCUUCUUGGCUGCUGUUCAGAUUCAAAAGACAUAACAAUAUUCUUAUUCCUGGAAAUACAAGGGAGGAAAACACAUAUGUGGCAUCAUUUAAUGGGCCAGUAACAUCAAGAACAAGGCUUUUAAUGAUCUCUGUACAGUAUUUACAGAUUAUUUAUUUCUGCACCAUUUAUAUAUUAUUUUGAAACAGACUAUUUUCCCAAGUGCAGAUUAGGUGAACAUACUUGUUAUGAUUUCUUUUUUGAUGUUUUGUUAUUGAUCACUUAAGAAAAUAUAUUUGCUUCAUUUUGUUUGCUUCUAUGAAUUCCGUAUGCUUCAGAGCUCUAUGUAAUGGCUGAUGACUUGACAGGAACAGGAACUGACCAUUAUAAAAAAAACCCAAAUCUGAAAAUGUUCUAAAAACUACUGGUAGAUAAAGUAUCUUAUUUUAGUGAUUGAAGACUUUCAGUGGUCUCAUAAAAACAAUAAAGAUACCAACUAUUAACAAAA